AUUUAAAACUGAGAGCUCAUUUAUUUAUUUUUUUUUUGUAAAGCGUAUACUAAAUUCCUUUUCAACAUUCAUUGCAUUAUCUUUCCCAAUUGAAUAUACAUGUUACAUUUUAAAUAUACUACACAUCUAUAAAAUAUUUAUUUCUCGAUUGGGUAUAAUAUCAUCUACUUCUAAACCUUUUAAAAAGGGAUUCUAUGACCAAUACUGUAUGCGGAGACAGAUAAAUCAGUUUGGUUGUCAUCGUUAUUUUGACACAUGUUCGUGGUUCCCCAUUUAUUAUUCAUUAUUUUCGCUGCUCUAUAAAGUUCUCGCUCCGUUGCCUCCAUUCAGAGAUCCACUGAAAUGCUCGAAACUCGAACAAAACAUUGCACCAUAUCUGCUGAACAAUUCAGUCGGUGGUUCGCGUGCUCUUAUCAUGAAGUGUUUACUCGGCGAUUUGUUAAACAAAAGGUGGAAAUCUCCUGGCUGCUGAUAAUGAUAAAGGCCACUUGGACAGUCUUGGCCAGCGAGAUAUACCCUUAUGUAAGAGUAUUUCCACGGCGGCUCAGCGGAUUUCCCCGUUCAGUAAGGUGGAGAAAUGGGCGCGUGGAAACGUUUCUAAAAAUAUACAUUUUUAUUGCACAUAACCCAUUUCACAUUUUGUUGAUCGUAAAAGUCAUUUUGUAUUGCCAUGAGCUAUAUUAUAUUUGAAUUUAAAUUUCAACUUGAUUGCCGCCCAAAUGAGUCACUAUUUAUCAGCCAAAAGACUUUUGUUUACUGAAGGGCAUUCGGGUUUCGUUGCGAUAAGGUUUCUAGCACUUCCGUUGACUGUUUUGUGAUUUUAAAGCAAUCUCUUGACAUUAUUUCAACAAUGAUUGGCAGAAAAUGUGUGCCAAAAAGUGCAUGUCUUUCACACAAAAACACCCAUGAGAACCUUUGACCGGAGAGUAAAUAUAAACCGGUGACAUAUCAGUGGAAAAAUAUAAACUUUUAACCAAUUUAUUAUCGAACGAGCGGAGAAAACACGUUCAACCUGCUUUCAGUCGCUCAAUUUGUUAUUUACAGCUGCAAAGUGAAGUAAAGCUUUAUUAAUUUGUAUGCAAACAAAUUUAUUUGCUUGUUGAAAUUUAUAAAAUUUAUUUUCCAUUCAUUCCGCUUGGGAUUUUGUGGCUUUUGCCUGGGCAAACAAUUUGAAUGGCGAAAGGUAAUUUUUCCACAAUUGAUCUUCGUAUUUGCAUUUGGCUAAUUAUGAGCCAAUGGUUUUUAAAUUAUUUGAUACAAGGGUGCUUUCGCUGUUUGCAGGGCAUUAUUGUCUAUAUCUAUUCUGGUUGGCGGCUCAAUUGGAACGGCAUGACUUCGUUUAGCGAUAAAUGUUGUCGUCUGUGCCCCUUUGUCCAAUUCAAUUUGCCGCAAUUACUUUGCAUACAAGGCUCGAGAAAAAGAGUGAGAAUUACCAGCGUUUUUUUUUUUCUGCUUGCUGUGCGUUCAGCAGACUUUGUCCCCGUUGUCUGUAUUUUAUUCAAAUCGAAUCACAAAUUUCCCCCCAAUAGUUUAGCAGGGUAAACAAAUACGAUACAGAACAACAUAUUAUAUAUAUAGACGAACAUAUAGCGGGCAAUCGGUCACGCCGUAUAUACACGUAAAAAUGCGAUUUUAUUGUGGGUGAUUUUAUAUGGCGCCUUCGCUUUAUGGCACUUGAUUUAUUUCAUUAGGUUUAUUGGUCAUUCAGGCGCAACAUGAUUAAGAUAUUCAAAGUCGGGUUUGACUAUUCCGCUGCACUGAUGACGAAAUCGGCGAUAGGUAAUCGCUUGAUGAUAUAACCUGAAAGUGAGCUAAUUGUCAGUAAAACGGGCCAGUUUAUUGCCAAGUUUCCUCUCAAGGCGGAACUGCUUUAGAAAAUAAUAAAGUAGCAUUUUAUAUUCACAAACACAAAAUAUAGAGACAUCUGUAUUUGCUAUUCAAGCAAAAAAAACAUGUUUGCAAUCCUUAGAUUUUGACAGAUGAUAAGAAAUCAGAUUUUAUGAACUCAAGUAUAAUAAACUUGAUAUAAUAUAUGAUUUCUAAAUAAAGAUAGUUAUGUUUUUUAUGCAAAUUCAUUUUUUUUUAGCAAGAACAACCUCCAGUUGAGCAUUUGUGUUUGCCAAAAAAAUCUUUUUAAAAUGGUUAGCACCAUUUGGAGUCCAGAGUUUAACCCAUAAAUACUAGGAAAGCUUCUAGUAGUUAGUUCUCAUGUUUAUCAGAGUCGCACUAGACGAAUCGUAGCCCAACUUGGCACAUUUUGCAUUGGACGUCGACGAUCGGUAAACAGUCCCAUAACAGCUGAUACAAGUAGCACCAUAAACUAUGGUUAUAUCAUGGCGAUCCGCUCCGAAAGUCGUUUCGAGUCGGGGGAAUCGCGAGAACGUGCUUAUCGCUCGGGUAUUAUGCCAAAUGGUCGAAAUAAUCGCCGAGAAGAGCGUGCGAACAAGAGCAAAAUAAUGCCAGCGGCUAAUAUUCAUUGAGAGGAAUCAUAAAAUUUUAUUAGCCCAAAAUCGAACCGGGUUGUGGAGCGGCUCGAAAAAAAAAAAAAAAAAAAGAAAUAAUCAAAUGCAAGCAAAACAAACAAACAAACAGUCGAAGACCUGUUUUAAAUCGGAUAGUAGGGUUGUUUUUGAAGGUUGUAUUCUGGUUUCGUCUUAAAAUGCCCAUUCAAGUUAGUUAAAAGCUCAGUCUUCUUCUGCCAAGAUGCUGAUGCUAAACUAUUUAAACUAUAUUUCGAUCGCGGUGAUUGGCUUAGCCGUCUGCGCUGCACAAGAGCUCGAGGAAAUCGCAGUGAAAAAUCUGGACUGCCGGGAAAACAUCUGCAUGAAUUUGGAUUACCCACUUGGUUCGGAAGUUGCCUACUUCUCGGAAAAGGCUACUAAAGAUCUGAGGAACCAUGAAUCACUUAUUCUGCACAGCUCCCAUUUGACAAACUUGCCGAGAAAUAUUUUCCGAAGCCUGCCUCAACUCGUGGAACUCGAUGUCUUGGAGUGUGAACUUCAACAAAUUGAAAGAGUUUGUUUUGAGGGAGCUGUGAACUUGAAAAGACUUAAUCUGGGUGGAAAUUUCCUAAGAGUUUUGGACGACAACACCUUUGAAUUGGCCUCACAAUUGGAGGAACUGAGUUUGUCCGACAAUCAACUAGAGGAACUUCCCGCUAGGAUAUUUUCACCUCUCAAAAAGCUGCUAAAGAUCAACCUUUCCAACAAUCAGUUGAAAACUUUUUCCCAGAACAUCUUUUCACAAUUGGGUUCCCUAAAAUCCAUAAAUUUGGAUAGCAAUCAGCUAAGAGAACUUCCAGCGGAACUUUUCAGGGAUCAACGAAAACAUUUGGCCAAAUUCUCAGCAAGCCACAAUCAACUGGAAAGGAUUCCUUUAAAUAUAUUUCAAGAAGUAGAGCAUCUCGUUCUCUCAUUCAAUCCUGAACUAAGGAGUCUGCAUUUAAGCUCUAAAAUUGUUUUGCUGCAAGCUACUAAUUGUGGUCUUGAAUCAGUUAAAUUGGAUGGUCGAGUAAUCGGUGUUCAACUGGAGGAUAAUCUUUAUCUAAACGAGUUGAAAGUAUCCAACCCUCAGGACUUAGAGCAACUUUAUCUGGCCAACACAAAUUUGUCCAGACUUGACUUUCUGUCCAAGGCCAGUAAAUUAGUUGACCUGGAUUUAACAGGCAUUGAGAAUCUUUACGACUUACCUAAAGUCUCCUCAGCCAAGGGAUUGGAACGAUUCAGCUUCACUUACGACAAUAUCACCGCUGAUCACAUGGAAAUGCUGCCAGAACUUAAAGAUCUUAACUACUUGGAAAUAUCUCACGAUAAGGGAAAGGAGAUCUUUAUAAAGGAUCUGGAUAAAGACUUCUUCGUCGACCAAGCGGAACUCAAUUGUGAGCAAUUGGCUGAUCUGCUGGAGUUUGUUGAACUUCCCAAGGACACAACUAUAUUGGAGGACCAAUUAGUUGGCGAUUCUCGAGGGCCACUUAAAUGUGCAGCAUAAUA